AUGUGGCAUAGGGGAUCUUUGACCCUAUUUUGCAACUCCUGUAGAUACGUCAUUCGUCGUUGGCAUGUACCAAUUUUAGGAGUGGAUUGCAAUUCUAAUCCUCGACAUAAACAGGCACUAUCAAAUCCACCUCCAAGAUCCCGUGGCGUGCCUAAACAUUUAUCACCUUAUAUUUUCAGUAAACAAUACCCAAAACAUCCAUACUGGCGUACAGACGCUAUCUUCCUGUCAAAUUCAUCACUCAAAUAUAGAAUACAAUCACGAAGACAUUAG